AUGGAUAUGGCGAAUUCGAAUAGUAUUCUUUUACCUGAUUUAAUCAGUACUUGUCCAUUCAAGCUUGAAUGCAAUCCAGCAUAUGAAUCAGUAUCAGAUGCAACAGAAGCUUGGCUUAACUCUCAUGGUAUUCCGUACAAAGAAUCGGCACACAAAUAUAAUCUCUUGUCAGCAUUGUGUAUUUCACAUUGUAGUCAAGCUAGAUUGCGUGAAGCGAGUGAUAUAUGGACAUUACUUUUCUUGACUGACGACAUUCUAGAUAGUGCUCCUGUUUCAAACGAUGUUGAUCCGAAAAAAAUAUUCGAACAAAACUAA